CCAGUCGUCCUGGUCCUGCUCGGAGAGGCGACGGGCAUCAGCAUCAUCAGCAGCAUCAGCACCGCAUUCUGAGGAGCGCCAUGAAUCUUAGGCAGAAAACACGAGCGGAGGCUCACAUUAUCGCGCUUUUCCAUUGUUGAUUUGCUUUUAUUUCGUUCUGUUUUUUUUUUAUUUUGUUGCGUCUUGGCUUUCUUCCCCCCUCACCCCUCCUCUCUUUUUCCCACCCAAUCUCUGACGCGCAAGGACACUACAGCAUCCAUCCACGGCAGAGCCGCGCACACAGAGCCUCCUCUGUACAGGCGCACCAGUCAUCCUCUUUCCUUCCUUUCUACCUUCCUUCUUCCCACACUCCUCUCCUCUUCACUUGUUCUGCUCGAACCCAGAGGACAUCGGGAGCCCUUCUACUUCUCCCCCCCACCCCUCCACCCCACUUUGCCCGGAGACAUGGAUCUAUGGUUUCAUUCGGUCCGGAUUUGCUGGUGGAGGGUUUUGUUUCUGAUGAGUGUUUUCCAGGACUACCUGAGCUCCAUGCUGGACUGCCCGCCGAUGUGCAGCUGCUCUCAAACAGAGAUCUAUUGCAAUAACUCCGACAAUGAACGGUUUUUCCCUUUACUCGCCUUGCAAGAUAGCAACGGGACCAGCGUGGAUAUCGCGGACUUAUUCAAAAACAUCACCACCAUACACAUAGAGAACUGGACGGGACUGCAGACUCUGAGAGACGUCGAUAUGGAGCUCUACACUGGGAUACAGAGACUCACUAUCAUGAAUUGUAACCUGAGGCAGAUCCAGGCCAGAGCGUUUGCUCAGAACCCACACCUACGCUACAUAAACUUGUCAAAGAAUCCUCUCAGCACCCUGUCAUGGCAGCUCUUCCAGCACCUCCAACUCUCUGAGCUACGUCUGGACGGAGUGAUGUUCGACUGUGGCUGUGACAUUCGUUGGAUCCAGCUGUGGCAGCAGAGAGGAGAAGCAGGGCUAAACACGCAGCAGUUGUUCUGCAGGCACAAAGCUGAAAAGAUCCUGCUGAAGAACAUGCACAUCAACAGCUGUGACCUACCUGAGAUAAGCGUGAGUCACAGCAGUGUGCUGAUGACAGAGGGUGACAAUGUGACGGUGAGCUGCAACGGAACCGGACUACCGCUGCCUGAAGUGGACUGGACUGUCAGAGGGCUGCAUUCCAUCAAUACACACCUGUCCAACGUCUACUGGCCCAACACCCACUCCAUCAACCUGAAUCUGUUCAACCUCAGCCGGGAAGACAACAACUUCCAGCUGACCUGCAUCGCUGAGAACGUGGUGGGGAUGACCAACUCCUCCAUCCAGCUGAAUGUGCAGUUUCCUCCUGUCAUCCUGAGACUGGCCGAGCCGGAGAAGCGCCUCGACACCUGCAUUGAGUUCACAGUUCGGGGUUAUCCACACCCCAAGCUACGCUGGUUCCACAAACAGAAGGAGAUUCAGCAGAACGACUACAUCCGGACUGAUAUGGACUUCUACCAGGACUACUUAGAAGGCUGUCUGACCUUCCAGAACCCAACCCACAUCAAUAACGGCAACUACACCCUGGAGGCCAGCAACCCUCUAGGAACAGUCACUAAGACAGUAUACGGUCACUUCCUCAGGGCGCCUGACGAAAACGCAGACACCGAGGACAUAGAUCCGAACUCAGACGAUUUAGGCCGACCCGAUGAAGAUACUUUUGGAGUCACCAUUGCUGUGGGGUUAGCUGGCUUCGCUUGUGUCCUCCUACUUGUCCUUUUUGUUCUCAUCAACAAAUAUGGCCGACGCUCCAAAUUUGGUAUGAAAGGUCCUGUAGCUGUGAUCAGUGGUGAGGAAGACUCCGCUAGCCCUCUUCAUCACGUUAACCACGGGAUUAUCACGCCGUGUGCUCUGGAUGCGGGUCCUGAUGCGGUUGUGAUAGGGAUGACUCGUAUACCCGUGGUGGAGAAUCCUCAGUACUUCAGACAUGGACACAACUGCAACAAGCCAACCACCUGUAAGUCCUGUCUGCUAGCGUGAGGUGAACGUUGUUUUGAUGUAGAGAACGCCUGUGCUGCGAGCGACAGUGUCACCUUCAGACCCUGCUGAGCUUAUGUGAUGCUGAUGCAUGCUGGGUAAGCUACCAUACCAUCCAAAGGGAAGAUCUCACUGGACUUUGAUGGUUAACGACCAGUUUAGACACAGAUUGUGGUAAAAUUAGAGAUUUUUAGGUGGAAUUAUAACAUGUUUGUACAUACAUUUACACGUUUUACAUAGGACUUGUUGGGCAAAUGAUCUGACUCGAACAAAUAGCUAAAAUCAAGUAACAAUCAAGCAAGCGUUCUCACUGCUUAUUCACAAACUGUCCUAAAUGUGCCCCAGUUUGCUCUGAACGUACCUUAAUUUUAUUUGCUAUUUGUUCAUCGACCUUUUACCUUCCCUCCAAGAAUGUGCUUGGCUGCCGGACAGAGGAAGCUCACUUUAGCCACUUACAGCUGAGACCUCAUUCCUUCAAUCACAAUCCAAGCCUAGUGAUAGACCGACUUCUCUCCUGUUCUGAUUCUGACACCAAACAGGACUGUGAGCCAAAACAAACCAGAAUUCUCAACAUGUUCAGAAGAUUUGCAGAAAUAUUGUUCUCUCAAAAUAUUUAAAGAAGCAUUGGGAAUCCAGAAGUAAAAUGUGUCAGAAAGUGAAAGAAAUAUGACACCGCGUAGGAUUUAGUGCAUGAUCAAAGAUGAAGAUCCCCGACACUAGCACCUAAAAUCAGCUCCCUUCAUUGGGUAGUCAGGCUCAACCAUGGAGAUAAAAGAAGGAGCUCCGUCCCUUAGUCACUCGAGGUUUGACCGUUGGACUAGAACACUUCCUGCUGGCUCCCUUUUGGGGUUUUUAUGGGCAGAUCCCAGUGGGAGAAAACAACGGGCCAGACCCAUGACCCGUUGAAGGAUUAUGUAUCCUGUGACCUGUGAGUGUUCUGGGAGUUCCCAAGAGAAGCAAGAGUGGAUCUGGGAAGAGGGAUGUCAUGGAUUCACUUCUGGAUCUACUAUCACCACAGUUCCAUCUCAAACAAGUGA